AUGAGGAGCCCGCGCGAACUCGCGGACCGCUCUAAAUACUGCCGUUUCCACCGGCAGCCCGGCCACGACACCGAGGAAUGUCGAGAAUUAAAAAGGCAAAUUGAGGAGCUCAUCCGCCGAGGGCACCUCGGCUCAUACCUCCGACCAGAUAAAGAGCUCUCGCCACGCCCGGAGGGCCCCAUCGAGCGGCACAUAGAGGUCAUAACUGGCGGGCCGACGUCCGGAGGGAGCUCCAUGGCGGGCGGAAGGGCGUACGCCAGGGCCUCCCGAGCUGAAGCUUCCAAACCCGCAAAGGGCCCCGAAGUCACCUUCCCGACCGGGGAACCUGAACCACCCGAACAUGAUGACGCGUUGGUGAUAUCAGCCAGAAUAGCCAACGCGCAAGUGGGGAGGAUCAUGGUCGACACUGGGAGCUCGGCCGAUAUACUUUAUUGGGACGCCUUCCAAAAGCUCGGCCUGGAACAACGGCAGCUCGUCGGCCUUCUGCAAGCCAACGCCGACAUUUUCGCUUGGACCCCAGCUGACCUAGCGGGAGUCCACCCGGAGGUCGCGCUGCACCACCUGAACAUCUCGUCCGACGCCCGCCCGGUGAAACAGAGGCCCAGGCGGCAGGCCCCGGAUCGGCAACUGGCCAUCCGAGAAGAAGUAAACCGGCUUCUGGCGACCGGUUUCAUAGAAGAGGCAAGUCUCAACAAUGCUUGCCCAAAAGAUUGCUACCCCCUGCCAAAGAUCGACCAGCUAGUCGACGCCACGGCCGGCCAUGCCCGGCUCUCGUUUAUGGACGCCUUCUCCGGGUACAACCAAAUCAGGAUGGCACCCGAAGACCAAGAACACACCGCCUUCCUCACCGAGCAAGGGAUAUAUUUUUACAAGGUUAUGCCGUUCGGGUUAAAGAAUGCCGGAGCAACCUACCAGAGGACAGUGAACAGGAUGUUCGCCCACCAGAUUGGACGAAACAUGGAGGUAUAUGUCGACGACAUGAUCGUAAAGAGCCGAACGGCGGAGACUCAUCCUUCCGACCUGGCUGAAACAUUCGACACUCUGCGGAAGUUCGGCCUGCGUCUCAACCCCGCCAAGUGCGCCUUCGGCGUGACCUCGGAAAAAUUCCUCGGAUUCAUCAUACACGAGAGAGGGAUUGACGCCAACCCGGAAAAGAUACAGGCCAUUAUUAACAUGCAGCCUCCUCGGACGAUCAGAGACCUGCAGCGCCUUAACGGGAGGCUAGUCGCUUUAUCACGUUUUCUCUCCCGAUCGGGAGAUCGAUGCCACCCUUUCUUCCAGGCCCUGAAGGAUCCGAAGAACUUCCGAUGGACGGCGGAAUGCGAAGGGGCCUUCGAACAGAUGAAGCUACACCUGGCCAGCCUCCCUCGACUCGCCUCGGUCUCCCCGGGGGAGAAAUUGAGUCUUUACCUUGCCGCCUCCCGGCACGCGGUCAGUUCGGUUCUAGUCAAAGAAAACUCUGGCGAUCAACUGCCGGUCUACUACGUCAGCCACAUGCUGAGCGGGCCAGAAGAACGCUACCCGCCGAUCGAAAAGCUGGCGCUGGCACUCGUCCUGUCGGCGCGGAAGCUCCGCCCUUACUUUCAGGCCCACCCGAUAGAGGUAAUAACUGAUCAGCCGCUUCGGCUUGUUCUGUCCAAAUUCGACGUUGCAGGGCGUCUCCUCAAAUGGGCAGUGGAGCUCGGCGAGCACGACAUACAGUACAUGCCUCGGACCGCCAUCAAAGCCCAGUCCGUGGCAGACUUCAUUGCGGAGCUGACCCCGAAUACAGGCGAAGAACUCGAGCCACCGCGUGACACGUGGACCCUACACGUAGAUGGCUCGGCCAACGCGAAAGGCGCCGGCGCAGGGCUGGUGCUGGUAACACCUGACGGCCGCUCGAUUGAGCGCUCCCUCCGCUUCGGGUUCAGGGCCACCAACAACGAGGCAGAAUACGAGGCUCUCCUGGCGGGGCUCCAGUUGGCACUGGAAAUGCAGGUAACCGACAUACGCGUCAUCACCGACUCACAGCUGGUGGCUAGGCAACUCGACGGCGAAUACGAAGCCCGGGACCCGACUAUGGCAAAGUAUCUGGCACAGGUAAAAAGCCUUGCCGCCAAGUUCGCCUGUUUUGAAUUGUCGAAUGUCCCCAGGAGCGAGAACCAGCGAGCCGACACCCUAGCAAAGCUGGCGUCCGGCCCGGCCCCCUGGGCUCGGCCCGAAACCGAAGAACUCCCCCGCCGAGCCAUAGAGGUCGUCGCCACCGUCGCUCACGGCACGCCGGCAACUUGGGUACAGGAGAUGCUACGCUUCAAGCGGGACGGGACCCUGCCCGACGAUCCAACUACAGCUCGACGCUUGCGUCGGACGCAGGCGUGGUACACCGAGGAAGGAGGACGGCUGUACAAGCAGUCUUUCUCGCGCCCCUUGUUGCGCUGCCUGGAGCCGAGCGAAGCCUGGACGGUUCUGUCCGACAUGCAUGAAGGGGCCUGCGGAGAACACAUGGGCGAGCGAGCCCUGGCGCACAAGGUACUCCAACAGGGGUACUACUGGCCGACCAUGCGCCAGGACGCGAAAGCUUUCGUGCGGCGGUGCAGCUCGUGCCAGGAGCACGCCCGCACCGCCCGACGGCCGGCGGUCCUAUUCACCCCCGUCGACUGCGCCUGA